CCAUGGUGACACGUUGAGGAUACCGGGUUGUCAAUGUGGUUUUUAUAUAAAUCUCUUUUAAAUAGAGUCGACAUUGAUAACUUAGGUAGAUAUGGAAGACGAAAAAAGUUCAAAGAAGGACACAAAGAAAUUGGCGUUUUUUGAUGCAGGAUUAUUUGAAGAUGUACAGCCUUCUAAAAUCUUCCUUCCAGGUCUUWUUGCAGCGCUCUUUUAUGGAAUUGUCUCUGGUUCAAUGUCUUUCAUUAACAAGAUCCUAUUAACGUCUUUUGGAUUCCACUUUCCUAAUGUACUAAUGCUUACACAAGUCACUGUAACAGCAGUCAUAUUGGAAAGUUUGCGAUUAGUUGGAGUUUUGGAUAUUCCAAAGUAUUCAAUCGAUAGGGCACAGAAGUUCCUGAUUCCAUCUGUAUGUUUUGCUUUACAAACAACAUUGGCCCUCAAAGCGCUUUCCAUUUUAUCCAUCCCAAUGUACAAUGUUUUAAGAAGAUUAGUUCCUCUUGUAACUUUGCUGUUUGGCCGCCUCAUUUUCCAUAAGUUCCCACCRCCUUUGGUAGUCAUUUCAAUACUUCUWAUUGUUGGUGGUUGUUUUGUGGCAGGUCUUGGUGACUUGGUGUUUUCUCUCGAUGCAUACGUCUGUGCACUGGGCAGUGUUUUUAGCCAAGCAUUUUAUUUAAUUUAUGUGCAGAAGACAGGAGUAGACGAUGGACUUUCAGCUGUAGCAGUACUGCACUUGAACAGCAUAAACUGUAUUCCUAUUUUAAGUGCAUAUGUUGUGUUGACAAGAGAAAUUARUAUUGCUCUCCAUUAUACAAAGCCACAGAGUUCAGGCUUUGAGGUGGCUCUAAUAGUAAAUGUUCUUAUGGGAUGCUUAUUAAAUUAUUCUCUUUUCUUAUGCACAACGUGGAAUUCUGCUCUUACUACUAGUCUUGUUGGUGUCAUCAAAGGCGUUCUGACGACAGUGAUAGGUUUCUUCACAUUCGGUGGAGUACCAGCCACAUUUUUGACAAUUACUGGAGUAACACUCAACUCAAUUGGUGCAAUCUUGUACACAUAUGGAAAAUAUCUAGAAAAUGUUCAGAAGCAAAUUAACAAGCAUUUCCAUGUGGAUUCCGUUGAAGUUUCACCGAGUGAACUGAAAAAACUAAAUGGGGUUUGYAAYACUGAUGAGWCAGUAAAAUCUAAUGUCGUCAACCCGAAAUCCAACCCAUAGUUUGAUAAAUUAAUUAAUUAGUAGUAGUUUCUUAUAUUUUAUGUAGUAUGUAGAUAUAUACAAUUGAUCCUAUUAACCUUGUUCCAUUGUAAAGACAACAACAAAGUCAUUUGGAUAUAAUAAUAUCAUACUUUCAAUUUCGUUGCAAGAAUAUUCAACACAAAGCUCAAAAACUUUACAAUGUCAAUAACAUUUAAGUYACUAAUUUAUCUAAAGUUUAUAAUUAUAUUUCUUCCUUCAAAUUUUAAAAACCUCCUUAUGCAACUGACUGGUUGUUGUCUAGUAUAUAAUUUCUUUAUAAGUGAAAAAAGUUAAUAGGAUUGUAUAACAAUAUAGAACAUAAUAUGUGUAAUAUACAUGUAUGUAACAUAUAACUUGUAACAUAUAUCUUAGAAAGGUAAGAGGUUGAAAGAGUAUAAUUUAUAUGAUAUUUAUUUUAUUAUCCAUACAUUUAGUCAGCAGCAAAGCUGUUAAUAUGUAAAAUAUAAGAUUGUUGAACAAUAAAGAAAAUUUUAUGAUUGUUUCUGGGAGUGUCUUACAAUCUUCAAAAGAAUCA